AAUCUUCAAUUUUCUCUCCUGCAGUCGGCACCAACUUCCAGUCCACGUCCAACCCUACCAGUCAAAGAUGGAGUCGCGUUUGUCGGGAACCAGCAGCAUGAAGAGCAUGAAGAUUUCGAUGGAGAGUGAGAGAAUGUUUGCCGAUUUCGAAGAUGAAAUGCAAGCUCAGUCUCCUUCGAGGGAAAUUCGUCGUGCUUCCUCGCGCAUCAUGUCCCCAAGCAAUUCCAACACUUCUGUUUCCAACGGUGGCCGUUUGAGUGUGAAGGAUCAACUCUAUUCACUUGAGUGCAAAGUGCAGUCGCAUGAAGACACGAUCCAGAAACUGAUGUCGAUUCACCAAGCAGACAAGACGCUGCUCUUGACUAAGAUCGAGGAAAUCACGGACCGUACCACUGAGGAGCUCCACAAGCUUCGCAUUGACUACCAGAAGAAGCUCAAUACUGCUAGUGAGGAGAUUGACCGCCUCAACAAGUGUCUGAACGUCCAGCGUGGUCACAUCACCACGUUGCAGGAACAGUGUCAGUCCCUGCACAAGCAUGUCGUGCAGGUCGACGACGACGUCACCAAGCUUGCCACUGAGGUGCUAGGAGAGUAAUCGUAUGCUUAGCUCGACUUAUCUGCAUUGAAUUGCUGAACCGCAGCAAAUAUCUAACAAUAAACCGCGUUUAACGAUA